GUAAUACUUUGUACAUUUACCGCCAUAACUUCUCUCAUCACCCAUGCAAUAUUUACUAUAUAUUUCGAAGACAUCCUAUGGCGGUGAUCUUAUUUAUUGCUCCUUGCUUCAGCACCUAAUUAUUACUCCACUUUGAAUAACCUCAUACUAAUACACAAUCCAUGUUCAUCUCUCCACCACGCGCGUACUUGUCAUUUUUCAUCAUGCCGUUCAAAGCACCGCUAUAGGCUCCUAUAACACAACCUGAAGACCAAGAUUCUGCAGACGAAGUUCUAAAUGUUAUCAAUAUAUAUCAUCCCGGAUACCCUGACACUUACCAUCCACCAUCACGUUUCUUUCCUUUGGACGAUGGCGGCGUCAAUUAUUACUUCAUCUAUUAUGCUUGCUGUAUUAUCGCUGGCAACGUUGGCCUUAAGACUCCACAAACGGCUAGCAAUACUCCAACGGAGCCAACAACUGAUCCAGUCGAGGCAGCCCGAGGCUUACCUUGCCACAUCUUCAGACCCGACUGCUCGGCCUCUUAACCCACCUUCGGAUAAUAUCCUUCGCGGAAGCAUGUACUUCUUUCACGUUUCUGCGUACCCGAACGAACCAUACCCUAUUGUGCCAGUUUUCAACCAUUGGGUAUUUCCCCACGAUAUCUUGCCUCCCCCAUGGGCCUCUCUCCAGUACAUCCGUGCGGAAUCUGAUAUACCUCCUCUCUUAUCAUCCCAGACUCAACGAAGCACUACCGCUGCGUCCAGCUCGCGAGGGACUAAACAAACUUCAGCGUCGCAACAGUUGACACCCUACAUUAACGCCAAGCUUAUCACCGUCUUUUACAAGCAACACUGGUAGCAGCUUAAGACUCAAAGAGAAGCCGUGUGUCACAUGACAUAAUGUAUAUAUACUUCUACCAUCAGUGGAUCUUGUACAGUAACUUUACAACAUCAACAACAAUUACAA